GAUCUGGUUUCUCCUCCCUCUUAACCUUUGCAUCGUUCAAUUACCAUUGUAACGUAUUGCUCUCUAAUAUUUGCUUCUUUAUACCCUCUUCUUCAUCCAUUCAUUGUUCUCUUUCUGGUUUUCUUCUUGAAAUGGAGUACGAUGACAGCUUCAGACAGGCCCAGAGACCAAAAUAUGAUUGCCUUCUUUUUGAUUUAGAUGAUACUUUGUAUCCACUAAGCUCUGGUAUAGCAAAAGCAUGCGGCCAAAAUAUUAAAGACUAUAUGGUCGAGAAGCUUGGCAUAAAUAGAAGCGAAAUUAAUGAAUUGUCCAACCUUCUCUACAAGAACUAUGGAACAACUAUGGCUGGUCUAAGGGCAAUUGGAUAUGACUUUGAUUAUGAUAAAUAUCAUAGUUAUGUUCAUGGGAGAUUACCUUAUGAGAACUUGAAACCAGACCCAGUUUUGAGGAACCUCUUGCUGAGCCUACCCUACAGGAAACUUAUCUUCACAAACUCAGACAAAGUACAUGCAGCUAAGGCACUUAGCAGGCUUGGAUUAGAAGACUGCUUUGAAGGAAUUAUAUGCUUUGAGACCCUUAAUCCAAUCCACAAGAACACUGUCUCUGAUGACGAAGAUGACAUUGAGUUUGUCGGUUCAAGCACAACCAAUCCAACCACAGAAAACAGUACUAGUAGCUUCCAAAUAUUUGACAUCAUUGAACAUUUUGCUCAACCCAAUCCAAGUGCAGUUUUACCAAAGACACCAAUUAUUUGCAAACCAUCAGAAAAUGCCAUUGAGUUAGCUCUCAAAAUAGCCAACCUUAAUCCACAAAGAACUUUGUUCUUUGAUGAUAGUGUCCGCAACAUACAAGCUGGAAAACGUGUGGGUCUUAACACUGUGCUGGUUGGCACAUCUCAGAGAAUAAAAGGUGCAGAUUAUGCGUUAGAAAGCAUCCACAACCUUAAGGAGGCACUGCCUGAACUGUGGGAAGCUGACAUAAAAUCAGAAGUUGCUUAUCCUGCCAAACUUGCUGUGGAGACAUCUGUGACUGCUUAGGACUAUGUUCAAGGAAUCCCCUUAAUCAUUGAUGAGUAAAAAAAUUCAAAAAUUCAAAAAAUAAAAAUAAAAAAUAAAAAAGAGAAGCCCAUUGGGAAUUCCCCAAGUUAGGAUGCAGAAAGCUGACGUAGAUGCGUUGAUCAUAUUUAUAAUAAAAUUAAUAUAGAAUGUUAGAUUCUCCUUUUAUGUCUUGUGUACUUAUCUUAUAAGUAUCGUAAAAAAAAUAAAUUUAUUUCUUACACAUAUAUAGAAAUA